UAUAAACUCUUGAUAAAAUACAUUUUACCCAUAAAUUAGAAAAAGAAGAUAAAUAAAGGAAUUUAGUUUACUGACGCUAUUUCAUAGAUACAUUAGAAGCUGUGUUUAUAAUAACACGGAAUGUGCAAAUUGAUAUGAAGAGUAAUAUUAUGCAAAAAAAGAUAGAGAAUAGUAAAUUCUGCUAAUAAAAAUAAAAUUACAAUAUUUAUAUUACAACAUUUAUAUCUUGUAAUUGUACAAAUAAUGUACUAAAAUAUCUUAUUAAAAAAUUAUUGAAAUAUAUUGAAAACUGAAUAUAUUAUUGUGAAAUAUAAAAAUAUUUGAAAUGUCUUUAUCAGUAGAAUUAUUGAAACGUUUAAACACAAAUGAAGAACCUUUACCCAAACGUUUAAAAUUAGCAGAAAAUGCGUUUUGUGCUAUUGACAUACCAAUAAUACAUAAAAAUGACCAUAUUCUACAAUGGCUUUGUAAUAUACAUCCUAUGGAUCAGAAAAUUUGGAAUUCAUUAAAAAAUUGUUUGAAAAUUAAAUAUUUGAAUAUUAAGACAAAUAUAAUAAAAAUGUUAAUAAAAAAAGUAAUUGAAACAUUUCAGAAAGAUAUGAAAUAUAUAUAUAAAGAUAUUUUUGAAUGCUGUAGUUUAUUAACUUCUAAUAGUGGGAUUCAACAGUAUUUUAUUAGUAAACCAGAAGAUUUAGGACUUUUAAUAAAGUCCUUGUUAGAAUGUGUAAAUAACAUUUUUAAAAAUGCUUUUAAUAUUAAAGAAUUCUCGAUAGAUGGAAUAAAAAUUUCAUUAAUUAACAAAAGUAAUGAACUAAUAUUAACAGCAUAUAAUACAAUAAUUAAUGUUAUAGAAAAUUUAAUACAAAUUUAUAAAUCUGCUUUUAUUAAGAAAGAUAUUUUGAAAGUUAUAUUUAUAAAUGAUAUUUUAUAUCCUUUAUGUGUUAUAAUUGAUCAUACCUGUACUGAUAAUAGUAAUAGAUUGGGUGCAAUAACACAUAAAUGUAUUCAGCAAUUAGUAUUUGAAAGAAAAUAUAUUCAAAGUGGAGAAUUUCUAAUAGAUGAAAAUAUAAUAAAAAAUAUAUCUAUUUUGAUACAAAAUGCAAAAAUAAAAGAUUUGCAGAGCAAUUUAAUGAUAUUUAAUUUUUUCUUUCGUGUAGCAAAAGCAAAAAUAUGA